CUCACUCAUAUACCUCAAAUAUGAGUGCUUCAAACGUUAUUCUGUAUGAUAAUAAUGUAUCCAACUUUGUUUCGGUGAAACUUUCAGGCAACAAGAACUACUUUGUUUGGAAAUCACAAAUGCUUUGCUUGUUGGGCAGUAACAAUAUGGGUGGCAUCGUGGAAGACACAUUUGUGGGCCCAAGAUUUUCUGACACAGAGACACAAAGACAAUACGAUAAUCUUGCCAAAGGGUGGAUCUUGGGUUCUGUUAGUGAAGAUAUACUUGUAGAUAUCCACGAUCUCGAUUCAGCUAAAGCUGUAUGGGAAAAACUAAAAUCCAACUAUGAUCCUGUUACACGUUCGCAAAAAGAAAAUGAAGUCGAUGGGGUUGUUGUUUCAGGAGAAACAAACACAGUUGAAGAAGGGGCAAAUUCAAUGGAUAUAAUAGUGGAUCGAGACGUGGAUCCAACAGAAACCGAUCACUCAAGGUGGUUGAGGCACUGGAAGUUACCUGAAUAUGCUAAAUUUGGGGAUUGGCCAAAAGUAGAAGACGCUUUAAAAGUACAUAAAUCCCUAGCAACAGAAGCAAUGGGCGGGGAUGGUAGCACGCUUCUUCACAUUGCUGUUGAAAACGGCCAUAAUGAUUUUGUGAAAAAAUUGUUAUCGUAUAUAAAGAAUGAUGAAGAUCUACUUAAACGAAGAGAUCGUGGUGAUGGAAGCACAGCGCUUCACAUUGCUGCGGCUGUUGGCAACACAUAUGUUGUAGAUCUACUAGUUAAAAGGAACAAAAUGUUGUUACGAGUUAAAGACAAUGACAGUAAAGAUCCAUUGCACAAAGCUUAUGAAAAUAUGCAUCUUGAUACCAUUGCAUAUUUGUUGAAAGCUGUCAAGGUUGAAGACAAAACCGAGUUGCAAUCCCCUUUAUCUAGCUCUGUUGAUCACCCAGAUGAUGAUAUGGCAGUCAAACUUCUUGUUACUGCUAUUUCCGCAAAACAAUAUAGUUUAGCAUUAGAAUUGGUUCAAAAUUUUCCAAAGUCUGCUUCGAGAAGUGAUGAUGUACUCAUGGCUCUAGCUAAAAAUUUUCCCAGUGGGCUAGAUCAUUGGGAAAAACUUGUAUAUCCUCCUUCUUUGGACCAUAUCUUGGGAAUACUACUUAAAACAAUGUGGCUGACCAUUCUUCUUUUGGGGUUUCCUGCGUUCGCCUUAUGGGGUUUUGCAUUCUACUCAUCUCGGAAUAAUAAGGACAUUCGUACUCUGGUAUUUAAAUUGGUAAUACUAACAGUUCCAGCCAUGAUUGCAUCAUCCUUUGUAUUUAUAUGCCUCCUCCUAGGGGCCAUUUCUUUCCUAUUCCUCUUCCUUUAUUUCCUUUUGUGGAAGGGCGCAAAGAUUCCAUUUGCACCCAUCAAGCGAAUAGAGAACAAAAAGAUGGAUUUGGAUGUAGCCAAGAAAAUUCUGGACCAUGUCUGUGAUGAAAUUUACAAGUUGGAGAACUCAGACGAUCUUUAUACCCGACCAAUUCUUGAGGCUGCAUGUCAAAAUGCUUAUGAAGUUGUUCAUGGUAUUUUAUCAAGAUCAUCAAAAGCAAUUGAUAGUACAAAUAAAAGUGGGUAUGACAUUAUUCAUUUAGCAAUAAUAAACCGAUCUGAAAAAAUCUACAACAUUAUUUAUGACAUCGGGACACGUAAGAAUCGUUAUAGGAUCUAUAAAGAUUCUUAUGAAAACAAUAUCUUGCACUUGGCGGGAAGAUUGGCCCCUUCAACUGUACUCAAUCAAAGAACAGGUGCAGCAUUACAACUACAACGUGAGCUUCAAUGGCGUGAGGAAGUGAAGAAAUUUGUGUUUCCUACAUAUAUUACACAAGAAAACUAUUUCAAGGAGACACCAAACAUGCUUUUCACAAUGGCACACAAGGAUUUAGUGAAGGAGGGAGAACAGUGGAUGAAAACCACUGCAGAGUCAUGUAGUAUCACUGCUGCACUCAUUACCACAAUUGUAUUUGCAGCUGCAAUUACUGUACCAGGUGGAAACAAUCAAGAAAAAGGGACCCCUUUGUUUAAAAAGGAAACUGCAUUCAUUAUCUUUGCUAUAUCAGAUGCAAUCUCACUAUUCGCGUCGAGUACAGCAUUACUAGUGUUCUUGUCUAUCUUGACAGCACGUUUUGCUGAGAAAGACUUUCUAGUUAGCUUGCCAAGGAGGUUGUUUAUUGGACUUUUCAGUUUGUUACUAUCUACAACAAGCAUGAUGAUAGCCUUCAGUGCAACCUUGUUCCUUGUCUUUUGUGAUAAAAAGCUAUGGAUGCUUGUUCCAAUAAGUGGAUUAGCUUUCAUUCCGAUUGCUUCUUUUGUUACCCUACAAUUCCCCCUUAUGGUGGAUCUUUUCAAGUCCACAUAUUUACCUAUCUUUGGCGAUAACAAAAAAGGUGAUCCAAUUCACAUUAGGAUAUUAGAAAUAUUAGUACAAUUAGCGAUGUCUAACUGGAAUUAGUACAGGUCUUCGAAUCAUGUAAUCCAUUGUAUUAAAGUGCAGAAGAGUGAUGAAAUAAAUAUUGUGUUCUUGAGCGAUGAAAUAAAUAUUGUUAUUGAGUCA